AUGAGACUUCAGGUUCCCACCAAGCACUUACACACACAUACAUACAUAUACAGACGCGUCCUCUGUGUAUGUUCUCAGUCCGACAGCUGCAUUUCCCAUAUGGAGGAGGAACUUAUGGAGCAGCGAAGGAGGAAAGAGGAGGAAAUCAACAAGAGGAUAUUCGAAGCACAACAAGAAUCUCAGCGACAUUUAUGUGCAUAUUCUUGGUGGGCUCCGGCAGGGGUCGUGCCCGCGGGGGACACAUGGGGCGAGAUGCUCGACGCGCUCCGCAAGGCCAUCGACAACCGCAACAAGCUGGCGGAGAGCCUCAGGAUCCCCAGCCGAGUGGAUGCGGCGGCCCCGACAAGAGAGGGAGAGCGGAGAGAAGGGCGACACCGCCGCAGUUGCCAGAGCGGCCGACGAAAGAGCCGGUGAGCUAAAGCACGUGAUGUGGUGAGGGUAUUCCAUUCAUGUGUCUGUGCUGUGGUGAUAUGUCUCUGGCUUUUCAACCAGCAGACGAGCCCGUCAAGGUCACUGAGGAGAGAUGCGCGGGGGCAUCUGACUGUCUCUCUGUGGCGUGUGUGUUCAGGUAGACGCCGACCCCCGGUUCCAACGAGGACAGAAGAAUGUAUAGUGAAUGCACAGCACAGGAUAACACAACACGACACAGACACACACCCCAUCUCUCUCACGGGUAUGCUUUGUGUGGGCUGCGCCAACAGGAGUUUCACUAUUUGGGCCACUAAUCGCAUGA